AAAACCCGAUCGAACCUGUGAUAAGUCGAGCGUAGAACGAACGCGAAAAAAUCAGUUUUGAGUUUUCAGUUUUCAAUUUCGGCCAGAUUAUAUAGAAAUGGAGGAGUAUUCGCGCGAACCCUGUCCUUUUCGCAUCGUCGACGAUUGUGGCGGCGCCUUCACCAUGGGCUGCUUCGGAGGCGGUCUCUUCCAAGGACUCAAGGGAUUCAGGAAUGCGCCGCAGGGCUUUGGACGCCGAUUUGCCGGCGGAUUGGCAGCCGUGAAGGCCAGAUCGCCGACGAUCGGCGGCAGUUUCGCCUCGUGGGGCUGUGUGUUCAGCAUUGUGGACUGCACACUGGUGCAUCUGCGCAAGAAGGAGGACCCCUGGAACUCGAUCAUGAGUGGGGCUAUAGCAGGGGGCAUCCUGUCAUCGCGGAACGGGGUGGCCGCCAUGGCCGGCAGUGCGAUCAUGGGCGGCGUCCUGCUCUCGAUGAUCGAGGGCGUGGGCAUCCUGUUCACCCGCAUCUCCGCGGAGCAGUUCCGCAAUCCCUCACCACAGCCCGAACCGGGAUCACCCGAGGCAUCUGCAUAUGCAUCGGCAACGGCAUCUGCAUCUGCAUCUUCAUCUGGAUCUGGCUCUGGAUCCGGUGAUGUUAAUCCUCCACCGGGAUUCGGAUUCCCAGGUCCCCAACAGGCCACUAGUUAAAUCUACGAUUCACUUCUGUCGGCCGUUUGAUUUCUCAUCGUCAUCUGCGUUUCUAUUUAUUGAAUGGUUAUUUUGUGCACACCUACAUCAUGUAUCCAAAUUGCAAGCUUAUUUUAUUUGAUAAUCGCCUGAGGCACUAGAUAGAUCGCCUUCAAAGUAAAAUCAUCAGUUUUUAAAUUUAUCUGCACGAACACUUAAUUAUUUG